AUGUUCCUCCUUAAGGCCCUUACAUCUGGCUUCCUCUUCUCUGUCAUCAGCAAUGCACAAGCAGUUGGCCUUGGAACUGCUGGAGCCUAUCUUGUUCUUGCGGGCACCACAGUGACCAAUACGGGUCCAUCAAUUAUUAAUGGUGGUAACGUUGGAGUCUCCCCAGGAUCAGCUAUCACGGGCUUUCCUCCUGGUACUGUGACUGGCGGAACAAUCCACGCUGCUGAUGCGAACGCACUUCAAGCUCAAGCUGAUCUAGUGACAGCAUACAACGAUGCCGCUGGCCGCGCUCCUAACUUUAACGUGGCGGGAGAUCUUGUUGGUCUGACGCUUGUUGCCGGUACAUAUAAGUCUACAGGCCCAUUGGGCCUUACUGGAACUCUCACGCUUGACGGUCAAGGAAACCAAAAUUCAGUUUGGAUCUUUCAAAUAGCGUCCACUCUCAUCACUGGAAGCGCCUCCAGAGUUACCCUGAUCAAUGGUGCUCAACCUUGCAAUGUGUUCUGGCAAGUGGGAAGCUCUGCGACCCUGGGAACAGGAAGUACUUUUGUUGGGACCAUCCUGGCACUCACUUCUAUCUCGGCUACCACCAAUGCAGUAAUUCAAGGACGUCUUCUUGCUCGUAACGGGGGAGUGACUCUGGAUACCAACACCAUCACCCUUCCGAGUUGUGUAACGCCGAUAUCAUCUACUACGACCACUACACCAACCACUACUACCACGACAACAACCGUUACCACUUCACUGCCUAUCAUCACGCUUCCUAUAAUAGGGCCCAUUACGGUGCCUAUAGGGCCCAUUUCGGUGCCCAUUGUAGGCGGUGGCAGCGGCGGCAGCGGAGGCUCUGGUAACGGCAACGGCAACAACAGCGGCAACGGUAGUGGCAACAACAGCGGCAACGGUAGUGGCAACGGCGGAAACGGCAGUGGUAACGGCACCAGUGGAAACGGUAGCGGCAACGGCAACGGCAAUAGCGGCAGCGGAAAUGGAAAUGGAAAUGGCAACAGCGGUAGCGGCAAUGGCAACGAUAAUGGCCAUAGCGAUGUCGUUCCCUUGUCCACACCAUGCACAACCACGGCAUGGACACCGUACUCAACUGAUACGCACAAGCCCCACAACCAAGACUACAACAAGGACUACAACAAGGACUACAGCAAGGACUACAACAAGGACUACAACAAGGGCUACAACCAAGACUACAGCAAGGACUACAACAAGGACUACAACAAGGGCUACAACCAAGACUACAACAAGGACUACAACAAGGACUACAACAAGGACUACAACAAGCCCCACAACCAAGACUACAACCAGCCCCACAACCAAGACUACAACCAAGACUACAACCAAGACUACAACCAAGACUACAACCAAGACUACAACCAAGACUACAACCAAGACUACAACCAAGACUACAACAAGCCCCACAACCAAGACUACAACAAGGGCUACAGCCAAGACUACAACCAGGACUACAACCAGGACUACAACAGUGCGUUCUAG